AUGUACAAUCUGUUCUGUUAUUUUACCCCCGGCAAAAAGCGUGGACCAAAACCCAAAUCAAUCGACACUUCAUCGCAUGCAGGUCCAAAUCAAUUUGGAACGUUCCAGAUUCUUCCUCUUUACUUCGUUUCAAAUUCUCAUGGAGAACCAUAUUUAACGGAGCUUUGUUAUAUUAGUAAUUCUCAAGAAAUUGUCCCUUCUCAAACAUAUGUUAACGAUAAUUAUAACACUAUGCAGGAAACUGACUAUUUUCCAUAUAAGUCAGAUAACUUCUCGUCUCCUCAACCUGAUUUCUAUAAUAACCAUCACGCAUUGGCUAAUGAUUUAGAUAUUAGUCCCUACGAACAGCCCCCACCAGAAUUCUGCAACUCCAAUAAUUCUCAAGGAUUUGCUUCUUCUAACGCAUAUAACACCAUGACUUCAAUUGAUGACUCUCAAAAUACACCUAUUGAUUUUAACAGCCCGUUGCCCUCUAUUCAUAAUAGCUCUUGA